AUGAUGGAAAUCGGCGUUGACAGCAAAGAGGAACGCCUGAUGUUCAAGAGGAUAUUCAUCCUCUACAUACAGAUGGCGUUCCUUUUGCCAACGACGAUAAACAAAAUAUCACCCGUGCACCUGGCCACAAUUUUUAAGAUGGACGGCAUAUCGGAGAGAAACUGGGGGGGCAUGCAAGAAGAGAAGACCACACCCACGGUUCCCCCAGCUCCAACUAAAAUUCAUCCAGACGCAGAAGACGCUGCUGCCCUGUUGAUGAUGGCACGGACAGCUUCCUAUGUUCCUAAAACAGAUCCAGGGGUGCCAUCAUUCAGCCUUGGAUUGACUGAUUCAAGCCAGGAGGGGGCGUCAACGCAGGAGACAGAAAGGGAAAAAUCUUCAGAAGCUGCGAAUUUGAUAGAACAAUUGGACAGUUUGGUCCAAAGAAUAGCAAGCAGCGCGACGAAGGGAAAAAAUACAAGUCCACAAAUUCAGAGGGAGACUGGGGGAGAAAGUUCUGCAAAGUUUGAAACUCCUCGGGGAUUAUAUCAGAUUACGGAUGAUAUGAAACAAAAGCGCUACAUCUGGGGGACAAGACUGAAGGAAGAUGCAGAUGGCAAUACUAACGAGUAUGAGGAAAUGUGCACUCUGAUUGGCCAAGGAAAAUACAUUUUGAUGAGAAUGCACCUUACUUCCCUCCAGGCAAAAAGUGAUAUAGAAUCUCAGAUAUAA